CAACGUUGUCAUCCAGUCAUCAUCAUCUGGUCUUCAGUCAACAUCAUAUGCAGUCGUCUUCUACAAUGAAACUGCUGUGGUCUCUCUUUGUUCUGUUGGUCUCCAGUCUGCUGGUUUCAGGCAGGGUGGUGCAAAACUUUUCAGCACCUACACCUGCAGGAUGUCCUGAAUUCUUUCUGAACACUCAACAGGGUCGGGUCACUCCGACUGAACUGAAAGGAAAUCAUUAUAAAAGAAUCUGUCAGGAAUAUUCGGGGAAUGACAGAUUUGCCACAUAUUAUAAUACCCAGUUGCAUAUUCCUGUAUGGACAGCAUAUACAUUUAUUGGAACUGGUGGAAACAGCAGAUCUGGAUGGAGAACUGAACCUGGGCUCAACAAGAACCAGCAGGCCUCUAACACGGAUUAUAAGGGAAAUCAAAACGUUUUGGACCGAGGACAUCUGUAUCCUGUUCUUCACACAUGUACUCCAGACGAUUCUAAGUCCACAUGUACUCUCACUAAUGCAAUACCACAAUCUUCAUCUCUGAACAGAGGCCAAUGGAAGGUGCAGGAAAGUGAUGUUGCCAAGCUUAUGAAUGACUGUCUGAACACAGGUCACAGCGUGUAUGCUGUGGUAGGGGCAGUUCCAAACAAUCAAAACAAUAACAUCAAUAAUGUAAACAUACCAAGCCACAUAUCGAGUGCUUUUUGUUGUACUGAUAACAAUAUGAUUGCCCGGCGUUCUGGGGGUUAUAUCGCAGACAACCAGGGGAAUAACACUCCCGAUGACAUAACUGUGCAGAACCUGGAGGCUCAACUCACUGGUCACUAUGGGGUUAAUUUUCAAGUGUUUGGAGGCCGAUGUUAGGUGUAGGCACUGAAAUAGACAAAUGAUACUUUAAAAUCUGCAUGUUAAAUUCUAGCUUUGCCUUUUAUCUUCAGCACUUGAUAAACAUGUUUAGAUAAAUAGAAUUUAAUUGUUACUGAAAAGCAGAAAAUACUGUAUGCUACCAUCUGCC